AUGACUGAGCCAUGCAAAACUGCACCUAAACGCCCUGCACACUGUCACACUUCAAAAUCCCACUGCAACGCAUCGAAUCGCACCCAGUUACUUUGCACCACACAACAACACGUCCCACUUCAAUGCACCACCCGACACAACACUGUCCCAUACAACACGAGACCAAGUUCUAACACGGUAUACAACAACACAUCAUACUACAUCACAAACUGCAGCUCCCUACAGUACACCACACCGAACUACGCCAGAGGCUGCAAGGCUGCACCUUGCUCCACAUCACACUAUACCACACCUUACGUUGCACCAUGGCACACUAAACCGCAUCGCACUAAGCCAUCAGAGUUUUUGAAGUUCAACUCCACACCGCGCACCUCUGCGUCACGUCACACUGCACAAGACCAAAGUACAUCACAUCAAAGUACAUCACAUCAAAGUACAACACAUCAAAGUACAUCACAUCAAAGUGCAUCAGGGUCCUCCACAUCACAAAGUACAUCACAGCGUGUCACAUUGCGUGAAAGUACAACACAGCGUGCCAAGCCACAUCAAAGCACAUCAGAGUACACUACACCGCGGAGUACAUCACAGCGUGUCACAUUGCUUCAAAGUACAUCACAGCGAACCAAGCCGCAUAAAAGCGCAUCGAAGUACACCAAACCACAAAGUACAACACAGCGUGCCAAAUCACAUCAAAGUGCAUCAAAGCACACCACACCGCAACAAAAUACAUCCCAGCACGCUACAUCGCAGCAAAGUGCAUCAAAGUACACAACCCCGCAACAAAAUACAUCCCAGUACACUACGCCACACCAAACGACUCAUCAGUACGUCUCCCUAAACCGCCCCAAAACAGAAUACAUCUUAACCUACAAUACAAAACCACCACAGGCUGGACCCUAUUGUACGCUUGCGCAGUAUACCAAACCAAAUCGUGCAGCCCUACACUACACCACUCCAUCGUACCGUACCACUCCAAGUCAUCCCACUUUAUACUACAUCACUCCACACGGCACUGCAGCAGCGAAUCGCACACUUCACUACAUCACUACACAGUACCCUGCGUCGCAGCAGACCGGACAACGCAACACUAAACUAAACUACGUCGCGCCACUCCAAACUGCACCGCAAUACACUACAUCGCAACAGACCGAACAACACAACACUAAACUAAACUACACCGAACAACACAACACUAAACUAAACUACAUCGCGCCACUCCAAACUGCACCGCAAUACACUACAUUGCAACAGAGCAAACAACAGAACACUAAACUAAACUACGUCGCGCCACUCCAAACUGCACCGCAAUACACUACAUUGCAACAGACCGAACAACACAACACUAAACUAAACUACGUCGCGCCACUCCAAACUGCACCGCAAUACACUACAUUGCAACAGAGCAAACAACAAGUAAGGAACGCCACACCACCCCAAAACACACCACAUUGCAGUGCACCACUCCAUAGCACAGCUACACUACAUCAAACAGUGCCAUCCCACGCUACACCUGUGACCCUACACUAUAUCCCUGCAUACCACACUCUAUACCAACAUCCUUUGUAUUACUACACUGUGCCAAACAACACCACCCUAAGCGAAACUGCAUCUCCCCACACUACAACAAACCCCUCCACACUAUAUCCCUAUUACACUCCACACUACAACCCCUCGUACUUCACUUCCCCGCACCACACGUACUUGCACUACACCUCAUUGCACCACGCAUCCCCUCACUGCACGACACCGCACCAUCUUGCGCCAGAUCAAAGUGUGCAGCAAUACGCCACUCUACAGCAAGGUGCACUACACGGCAACGUGCCUCAGUACACUACCUUGCAAUAUAAUACACCACUCCAAACCACUCUUCAUUACGCUGCGCCCCAAACAGCCACACUAAGCGACCCUGCACCAGUGUGGACCACAUCGCACGACACUGCGCCAAACAGAGCCACCGUGGUACCCACGACCACACUAAACUCCUUUACAUCACCGCAAGCCAUACCUAGCUGCACUGCAUUGCAUUACCCUGCAUCGAAUACCACACCCUAUCGCAUUGCAGGACAACGUGCCGCACCAUAUUCAGCCAAGAAGACCCACACGACACCGCGUUACACUACUGCACCAGCUCCAACCACAACGAAGUACGUUGUCCCACAACAAACCGUACUUCGGUAUAGCACACCACGCAGCACUAAAAACACAAGCCGUAGCGUACUUUACCAUACCACAUUACCCCAAAGUACAACUUAUAAUAAUGAAGUACAGCAAAGUGAGCCUUACUACUCAGAACCGCAUCUAACAACAUUGCAAAGCACUGCAUCACAUCACGUCACACCCCACAAAACUAAACUAAACCCCACCGCACAAGAGUUCAUAACAUUAGAGUCCCAUGCAUUAGAAUCCAUCCCAGAAGAGUUCAUAACACCAGAGUCUAAUGCAUUAGAAUCCACCCUUAUAGAGUCCAAUCUAAUAGAGCCCAAUACACUAGAGUCCACAGCACUAGACUCUACAGCAUUAGAAUCUACCCUUAUAGAGUCUAACACACUCGAACCCACCCAACAAGAGUCCACAGCAUUAGAGUUGAACCCACAAGAGUUCAACACACUAGAGUUCACAGAACUAGAGGUGAACCUACAAGAGUCCAACACAUUAGAGUCUACAGCGCUAGAGACGAACUCACAAGAGUCCAACACACUAGGGUCCACAGCGCUAGAGACAGACCCACAAGAGUCAACAGCACUAGAGUCCAUAGCGCUAGAGGCAAACCCACAAGAGUCCAACACACUAGAGUCUACAACACUAGAGGUGAACCCACAAGAGUCCAACACACUAGAGUCUACAGCACUAGAGACAAACCCACAAGAGUCCAACAUACUAGAGUCCAUAGCGCUAGAGGCAAACCCACAAGAGUUCAACACACUAGAGUCUACAGCACUAGAGGCGAACCCACAAGAGUCCAGCACACUAGAGUCCAUAGCGCUAGAGGCAAACCCACAAGAGUCCAACACACUAGAAUCUACAGCACUAGAGGCGAACCCACAAGAGUCCAACACACUAGUGCCCACAGCACUAGAUAACACCACAUCACACCCCACAAACCCCCACCGCACCAAACUCUUUCCGAUCAAACCCCACCCCACCAAACCACACUCCACGACACAGCGCCCUAACCCCGGACGCUCCACUGUCACAACAGUCAACGACACCACACCAUAUCCACUACAUCAUACCACCACGUUACAACACAUCACAGUUCUCUACACCGCACCAAACAACGCUACCCUGCAACGCACGACACCUCCACCUUCCAUCUGUGCAAACUACACCGUGCUGCACUGCAGGUUACACAGCUGUAACACACAGUAG